UAUAAUAUGGUAAUUGUUCGAUUAAUUUAGUUUUUGUUUUUAAAAUGUAAAAAUCAAGUAGUCUGAAUCCGGAAAUAGGAGGAUGGAAAAAAAAUCAACAAAUGAAAUUUGAUAACUCCGACUGGUAGUUAUAAAAGGAUGUUUUCCAGCAUGUUAGAUAUAAAAACUUGAUGAAGGACUAAUCUAUGGUCAUUUUUGAUCAACAGGAAGUGGUUGCGGAAUAGAAAAAAAACUGUGCGUGAUAUUGAAUUAAACAAUAGAUAGAAUCAUGGUGAAAUAUUUAGUUAAGUGAGUCAGUCUAAAACAAAAAUGGAGAAAAAUAUUGAGAAUAAGUCAAGUGGGAAUAAAGAUAACCAUGGAGACGGAUUAAAUGGUCUUAAAUCAACAUGGAAACAGUUUGAUAAUGCUGGUUCCAGCACUCUAGUGCAGUUAUGUGGUUCAUUAGCCGGAAGCCAGUAUGACAUUGUUACUAAGGAGAUUGUUGCUCUGCUGGGUCCAGUUUUUGCCUGUGGGGAAUCCGAGCUGGUUCUCGGAAGAUUGCAGGAAAUUGAGAGCUUGUUAGCAGGGAACCAAGAAACAGUAGAGACGAAAAAGUCAGGAGAUGAUUAUUCUGAGAACCGAAGGAAUACGUUGCGAUGUUUGCUUUUGUUCAUAAAGCUUCAAGCAGAAUAUCAUCAGCUGUGCUCAAAUCUGGUGUCGUCUGCUAUUGAUCACCUGACAAUCACUUGUGAAGAUCAAGAAAACACUGAACUUCUGCAGCAAAUCCAGUCUUUAAAACUGAAAAACCUCUCCACCCCCAUACCAUCCCCAGUCCGACAUGCAGCUCUUAGCAGAAAGCCGUCUGGGUCAGCCAGUGGCUCCCCAAAACCUCAUAAACAUGGAUUAAAAGCCUCCCUCUUUUCAUUAUUUGAAAGAAAAAAUUCACCAGAAGAAGGAAAAAGUUCUUUUUAUGUUGACAUUAACCAAAAAAAAGGUGAAGAGGAUAUUGUAGGUUCAUCAGAAAAUAUCCAAGAUGGUCAUGUGAUGCAAAAUAACCAAUCAGAGACUGUGUCAGAGAGUAUUGCAAAACAAAAUAGCCAAUCAGAAGUUCUGGUAGACAUUGGGCUGGACCCAAGUCCUUCAGGCAAAAUUUUGAAAGAUACUGCAUCAGCAAUGGGAAAAUCAGUUCUGACUGCUAAUGGACAUGUUGCGACUCAAGAAGAACUUGACAGUGUUAUAAACCUCCUGUCAGGUGUCGGACUGGGACGAGGAACUAUGCAGACCAUCCCAGAAACCCGUAAUCACGUCAACCUCCAAGUGCCUCCAGGGCAGUCUGGUGCUGCUCUCAGUCCCUCAACAUCAGACUCGAUGGACGAGAAAGCUGUCCAAGUUCGUAACAAGUCUCAAAGAAGAUCUGAGGGAUCUAUUGAUUUUUCAGGGUUUAUAAAUACUGGACAUAAUACAUGGCCACAUCAGCACCGGGCAAGUCUACCUGGUGGACAGCUGGGUGCACCACCUCAGAUAACAUAUGAUUUUGCAAGUACCCCAAUAGCACAGCAGCAGCAACAACAACAGAAUUAUUGUCCUGGAUAUCGUCCAACCACACUGCCACCUGGAGGUGCGGGUCACUUUCAGACAGCAUAUGGUAUGGGAUUUCCAGAUCCUAAGCUAAACAGAACAUGGCCAGUGAAUAACUUGGCUGGAUCAGGGUCAGUGAUGGACACAAUAAACAGUAGCUGGUCAGGAGGUCAAGAUUCGGAUGAUCUCAGUGAUGACUCAUCAUGUGGAGAACAGUUUCAUACAAUGUCGAGGUUACAGUACACAGAACCUAGGAGAGACUUGUUUGAGGAUUAUAUGAGAGAUGAUAAAACAGGAGAAGUGAAGCAUCAUAGUCUAGAAGAUCUCUUGGAUAGUCGAUCAAAUACCUGGCCUCAACAAUUACAGCAGCCUUGGUCACAAUCACAUUUAGGGGCGGAGCUUAUGGGGUCACAUGAUCAGUCAGCAUACCAUCGUCCAAUCAGCAUGCAGAUGAGUGAUCCAUUGUCUAGAAGAAAUAUUUGGCAAAAUACUGGUCAAGAGUUUCCAUUGCAACCUUCACAGUCACAGAGUUUACAUGGAGGGCUGGGACCCAUGUGAAAUGAAGGGCUGGUUCCCUUUGUAGGGUUAGAGUUCAUGUAAGGAUUGAUGGCUUGGACCACAUGUUCCACUCACUUCAACUUUUGUUUAAUGAAAAAGACUUUGAAGACCUGUGUAAACACUAAGCAGUUAUUAAUGAAAAAACUCUGAAUUUUUAAUAUUUAUCAAAACACUGUGUGCCUAUUAUUCAAGCUUACGGGCAUUAACAAUACAAAUUUUCAUGAAAAAAACAAAAAAAACUUUGGAGCCUUUGUACAUUAAUCAACGCAAGUUUGCCAAAUUUCAUAGUUGAAGUAACCAUAUUAGAUCUAAGUUUAAUAGGUAAAUAUUACUGUAAUUUAAUUGCAGUGUUUAGGUUUCAGCAAACCAGUACACUUAUUUAUAUCUGACUUCUCCAUGAUAUUUAUGAAAUAAGAAUUUGUUACUGGAAAUGAAAUUUUAGCUAGUUAGAGAAAAGGAACAUAGUAAAAUUAAGUAAGAUCUUUUUUUUUUGAUGACCCGAUUGUCAGGAUGUCAUUCACAUUGCAGUGUAUUGUUUAGAUAUUUUAUUGUCUUAUUUAAGCUAUGCACUUUCUGCUUAAUUGAUAUUAGUGAUUAAAAUGGCAAGAGGGAUGUUAAUCUGAAGCAGUUUAGGCCCCUUUUAUCAUGUUUAAAAAUGAAUAAUAGAUGAGAUAAACUCAUGUUUGCAUAGUAUGUGACCAUUAAUAGAAGAUUUUCAGUAUAUAUCAUUACCUUAGUGCAGUAACAGGUUAACUCCUAUUAUAUUUUUAUAGGAGUAAAUCCCAAGUUCCACUUAAGUUACACUAUAUGUUUAAUGCUCAUCACUAGCUUAUUUAGUUAGAAUUAUGCUGUACUGAAACUGGGGUUAUUACCAAUCUAAAGUCCAGCAUACUUAAAGAAUUUAUUUCACACAAACUCAGUGAUUCAGUCUAAGCCAGUUUAAAGACUUUUAUAAGUCAUAGAAGUGUUCAGGGUAAAUUUUGUGUUCUUGCCAUUUAUUAUUUUGAAAUCCUUUUUUUUUCACCCAAUAAAUGGUGCCAUUUAUUUGUCAUAAAUUUAUUUACACCAUCUAAUCAUACUAACUGACAUAAUAGGGAUAGAAAAUAUGUAUAAAAUCUGGGACAUAAUACUUGUAUAAGAGGAUGAGUGGCUAUGACUUGUUAUGCUGCCUUAUUUUGUUGUCCAAUGCUGCCUUAUUUUGUUGUCCAAUUGACACUUUAAUGGAAUAAUAAGGGUAAUGUUUGAAUACUUUAUUAAUGGUGUCAUAAUUAAAUAAUAAUUACAUUGAUAAAUUUUCAUAAUGCUCUUUAGAUACAAAAAGAUUAAAAUCUAACAUAAGUUAGGUUAUAUUUCUCUUAUUGAUGCUGUUAAUUACAGACAAUAAAAAUACCCUUUCACAAUGAUGAACCUGACGGCAUGUUGGCCUGUGCACUUGAGUGGACAAAAAGCUAACCAUUUGCUUAUCGUCAGUUGCUUGUCCUUUGAUAUUAUAUCCCAGAUUAAGCUUAUUAAAUCUCAAAUUUCAUAAAUUUUAUACUCGAUUUGUAUAAGAUAAUGAAGUGCAAUAUUUUCAUAGCUUAUGUAUAAUAUAAUUGUUAAUUUGUCAUCCUGUAUGGUUACGUUGUACUGAAAAAUGUUUUACAUUAAAUUUUGUUCUAAAUGUUUGCUUUUAAGUUAAGUUUUCGAUAUUGUGAUAACUUAUUAGAUGGU